UGCAGUUGUUGCAGUGGUGGGGGCAACACUAUAAAAGAAAUAAACACUCCGCUGUCAAUGGUCGUUUGCUCGCGUUCUCGUGCACUGCAAUUGGGUUUUGUGUGACAUCCAUUGAAGACAUUUUCAUUUAUUUUAUAUCUUGAUGACACUGAUUACAUUAAGAGAAGCCACUCCGACAAGAUAUCGGUUUUAGAGCUGGAAUGGGCAAGCUCCUGAGCUGUGCUGUAGCCUCUCUUGUGUAGGUUUCGUCUUAUUGGAUCUUUUAUAUUGACAAAAAUAUACCAUACCGACAGGUGUCAGUCCACUCACUAUAAGGACAGUAGCUAGGCCAGCGGAAAGUCCUUAAAGUCUGUACAUACUCAUUAUUGCAGGCAGAGCGCUUCCCGAACCAUCAAGACUGAUUGUCCAUAAUGUUUGAUGGAUGCUCUUCCUUCAAUGUGGAACAGCCUUUUCAGCCCGCACUCAUGAAUAGCUCCUCAGCAGAUUGGCUCCACACUCCUCCUUCACAAAUGCCGUGGAGUCUGCCUGAUGCAAGCCAACCAUCUGUAAUGAGAUUCACUGGUGAUUCUCUGAACACUACUGAUCUUGCAAUGAAGGCCCUGAACCCUGAUCUCCAAACACUCUCCAAGUCACAAUCAAAACGGAAGAGCUGGGAUUGUGAUAUUGAAUACAAUGUUCCACCCGCCAAGCAGCUCAUAACAGAAGAAAAAAUGGCAGAAAACCUAAAUUGUUUGCACAUAAGCAAUAGUUAUGUAUCUCAUCAGAUUGGCAGCAGUCAGCCAAUGUCAAUCCCAUUGCCAGAAUCAUCACCCUCCCUAACUGAAUCAGCAUCAUCUUCAUCAGAUUCACCAUCCUUAUUAGAUACAACCCUGGAUGGGAAAGACCGAACAGUAUCUCUCUGUGAACAGUUACGGAAACUCAUUUCAGAAUCAUCUGUUUUACCCUCCCCCCUUCUAAACAAAGUGGAAAGACCAACUACCGCACUAGUACUGUGGCAACCUCCAGGUGAAAGUAUUUUUAAACAUGUCAAAGCCACAGCUGAAAAAGACAGCAACCAUCUGCAGGAGCAGAAUACUGAACCUAAGGCAAGCACCUCAGGCAUUAAUAUCUCAACACAGUCCUCUAAUCACAGUAAUUGGGAUGAUUUGAUGGACAAUAAUAAUUCUGUAAGCGCCAUGGACCUUAAUCUUUUCCCUUCCUCUGGAUUAUCAACUUUACAACCACUGCCUUCUGAGGUACCACUGCCAGAUGAUGAUUUUAUGGACAUGCCAGAAGACUCUAUGAUGGAUUUUUAGCUAGGUGUUUUUUGUAAUGAAUUAGUGAGUAGAAUGUUCUGGUUUAUUUAUUUUUACUAAUCUUGUACUGAUGUUUGUUAAACAGUCUCUUCCUUUUUAUCUCAUGGAGACUUUGUUUCAUUAUUAAUACUUAAAAAACAGUCCCUGUUUUAGAAAUGGGUAGUGCCAAUAUUUAAUAGACAGUAAUAUUGUCUUGGUAGACAUUUAUGACUUGAAUUUGUGCUAAUGUUAGGGUACUCCUUUUUUUUCUGGAGCUUUACUCCAGUCAAAGAAGUGCUUAAUAUAGAAGGGAUCAAAUAUUUGAGGCAUUUGCUCACCUGCAAUAUGAUACCAUAUGGGCACAAAAUUUUUGUAAAAAUGGCCUUUUUACAAUUUGCUCUCAAUCUCCUCUUAUUUAAAAAAAAAAAAAAAAUCCAUACCAGAUUUUCGCUGUUAUAUGUGAAUGGAAGUUUAUUUGUGUACAGAACUCAAUGCGAGUGGAUUUGUCUGUCUGCGGAUUUCUUGUGUGAGUGAGUGUGCGUCAUUCCUGCAACCUUUCUUGGCAUUAUUUUCAUAACACUGUCACAUCUAUUUUGUGAUGUAAUUUUAAUCUAAAUUUAUAAAUUUUAUGUAAAUGUUUUUUUAUAUAGUCAGCUCUUUUUAAUAUUAUUGAAAAAGCAUUUGCUUGUGCCACGUGGUACAUGGUAUCCGACUGCACCUGUUAAGGUACAAUUAGACAAAAGCAAACCACAGUCCUAUUUUUGCUUGUUCUGUAAAAGGUAAAACCAUAACGAGUUAUAUGGUCCCCUCUCAUUUGCCCCUGACCACAUCUGUUUCUGUUUUUUUGUGUCAGUGCUAGUUAUUUGAGUAGGUCUUUUUAUGACAGGAAUGAUCUAUUUAUGUUUGUUUGUAAAUAAAUUAUUUUGUAAAUGUCGUAUACAUAAACAA